AAGGCGUUUGUGUCAAAAGUUGGCGCAUGCGAAUUUGGAUUAACCACGUGGCUUUAGAUCCAAUGAGUGCCAACAAGAAGGCCUUGGAUUUACUAGUCUCUUCUCUUGAGAAGGGAGCUACCGGCAGUAGUGGGAAAUGGGAACUGUUAGGAAGCACCCUUCAAUCUGGUAGUCUCUACAAUAAAAGUGCAGAUGAUGUGUUGUCCUUAUUGAAAAGCUCUAACACACUUGAAGUGUGUCUCCUACACCUUCUAAAUGACGUAAUACAUGGAUCAUCUGUAGAGCAACUGCGAGAGCUGUGUCCGAAAUGGGUUGAGUACCUUACACAACAGUUGCAGAAAGCUGGUGAUACUGUUGCUGUUCAGAGUGCAUGCAAUUGUCUCUCUGUCCUCCUUGAUCGCUGCCAUGGGCUAUCUAGAGGGAUGUCAGAGUUCACUUCCCGGCAAUUACCUGCCAUCAUGACCUCUCUCAUUUGGUUCACUACAGCUGAUGUUUCCUUGCAGUGUACAGUUCUCCCAGUGGUGGCAAAGUGCGUGGUAUACUACCCCAAGCCAUGCUCACAAUUCAAGACUCAACUCACAAAGUGGGGGAAUUCUGGAUUAUUUCAGUCGAGUCAGAAGUUGUCUAAAGAGUGCAGUCGACUAUUGGUUCUAGUGCAAGGAUCCUCCACACUAAUAGAAGCUGUGGCUGAGCAGCUGCAUAUAGCGCUGACUAUCCUCUAUGGUGAAGAUAAUCAGAUACCCAACAUGACGAUUGAAGUACCCGUGCCACCUCCUGAGGAGCCAGGAAGGACAGCUAUGCUGCUUCAAGUGGUCUGUGUGUUGUCUCGCACCCUCUGCUACUGCCUUCUGUUCCCCUCCUCCACUGGGGGAAGUGUCCCUGUUGAGAGAGUGGUGGGUGUCGCUGUGGGAGGACUGAACUUGAAGCAACAACAGGUGACAGGCCUUUCAUACGACAAACUGCUUCUGUAUUCAAUUCUACCGACUGUUCACGCGUCCUUGUUCAAACUCCUCACUACGAUCAUCAAUGUAUGCCACGCCCACUUGCUCCCGUACACCACUGCUAUAGAAGCAUGCAUAGUGCAAACUAUGACAUCUAACCAUGAGAGUGAAUCAUUGACUGUCUCUGUCCAUCGGUGUUUGUGUGCUUGGGUUUCGCUGAGAAAGGACACUGACAAAUACUUCAUCACACUCACCACGUCCACCCUCCUCAAAGCAGUCGACUCCGCUACAACAACUCCCUUAUGCGUUCAGCUGUCUGCUCUCGAGUCUCUAAGUGUCAUUGUUCGCACUGUGGGUGUAUUGCUGCCACUCCAGAUUUGUGACCCUCUAUCAAAAUUAGCCAUAAAAGGGUUUUCUCUGCGUGUACCUCCUGAGAAGGCUGUCUCCUCACUAGACCUUCUACUGGCCUGUGUAACAAGCUCUAAUACAUAUCUCCAUCCAAAUGUGGGAGCAGCAUUGGGCAUGUUUGGUAUGGGGACGCGUCAUCAGAGUGUAAAGGUAAGAGAGUUCUGUGGGAGUGCCCUGGCCCAGUGUGAGCUAAUCCGACAUCCUGCUGUCCCACCCAUUCUCUCACCACCCUCUAAAGAAGCCUCCUCCGUACCACUCUCUGGAUAUCAUAGCACCCCGUUUUAUCCGCUACAACCAAUUCCACCGAUUGUAAUCACUUCAAGAGAACUGUCUUCUCGCAAAUCCACGCCAGCCUUUACACCUGAGCCUGUAGAACCUACUGGAGCAAUUGCGACACAACCGACUAGAGCUACACCAAACGAGAGAGAUGUACCUAUGGACACUGACGCUAUUUUCUCAAAAAAACCAUCGAAGAGCAGCCCAAUACAAAAUGUUGAUGUUAGUCUACUAAUCAGCGAUGACGAUGAUGACCCGGGUAAUGAGGGUAUGCCCAUACCAGUGAGCGACGAUGAAGACUUCAAACUUUUCGUGCCCGCCCCCCCUGAUGAUAUGCAACAGUGAACUAGUCAUUGAUGUGUGAACAUUGUUCUUUGAGAGUAGUACUGAUGUUUGUUGAAUCAAUAUACUACAUGCAUGUUGUAAGUGCAUUUCAAUUUCAACAAAACUCUUACAUAAUAAUAUAUUAUAUACUCUUG